UAGAGCCCCGGGGAUCCGUGUAUUUUUGCUUCAGAGCCAAUGUAGCUAUUCUGACGCUCUGGGGUCUGCUCCCUGCAAUCCCCAAACUGGCCCCGUGGCCUUUUUCUGGACCCGCUCCCCAACCCCGAGGGAAGUCAUGGAGUUUUACCUGGAGAUCGACCCUGUCACCUUGAACCUGAUCAUCCUGGUUGCGAGCUACGUCAUCUUGCUCCUGGUUUUCCUCGUCUCCUGCAUGCUGUAUGACUGCCGCGGCAAGGACCCCAGUAAGGAGUACACACCCGAGGCCCCUCUGGACUCCCAGCCCUCCUUCCGCUUGGUGGUGAUGCAGCAGAGCGCCCCCAGGGACCCCUGGGGCAGGGGCCCCAGCCUGCAUUUUGGAAAUCCCGCUCCGCUGGGGAAGAAAAGCACGAUGGUGUGAGGCCGGCCGGGCGGCACUAGAGAAAGAGCACGAGACAGUCCGGACCAGCUGUUCUCCGAGGGGCUGCAGGCCUCGCAGCACACAGGUCCCGCUCGGCCACCGCAGCGGACCCCGUCUUCCUCGCUGCCCCCUCAGCACCCCGUAUGGAUAACCCAAGUGUGUAAGGUAAGAAACCCAAAGUGGUAUUUGGUCAGGUUCUCCAGCUGCUGUUGUCUAGUGAAGCUGGUCACUGGCACAUUCCCAGUGGCACCAGUUCUGGGAGAGAUUGGCGUGUGAGAGGGGGUUAAAGAAGGCGGUACCACCGUGUGUGUGUGAUGGGGAAUGAGACCAGCUCCCGUGUACCCUGCACGUAGCCAGUCCUUUCUUUCCAAGUGGGUCACCGAGCCUUUCCAGACUCUGUGAUUUCUGUGCAUACUGGCUCCCUGCAUCAUGUUUCCCACGGUGCACCAGCACGGAAACAUAGUCCUUGCAGAGCACUGCGGCUACUCGACAAAGCUUGGAGCCUGAGUUCAGACUCUGCGCCUUCCCCUUACGAGCUGUGUGACAGACCAGGACACUGGCUGUGUGACCAGGGCCACCGCUCUGCGGCUCAGGGCUAUUGGUAGCCCUUGUAGACUGUUUGAGGUAUUCAAGUAAGUUAAUUCACCGAAAGCACUUGAGACAGUACUUGGCACCUAGGGUUAGCCAUUACGAGGAUGGUACUAUUAUGCUGCUUCAUUCUCCUUAUCAAGAAGUUGAAGCUCCUCACAUCUGACCUGGGCUGAUGCAGAAUGACUGAAGGCCCCACAGCUUGGCGUUUCCGUCCCCCUGGGGGCUGCUUACCCUCUUCUCACUCCCUUUCAUCACUGUCAUGAGCUAACACACUUGUUUCCCCGCUCAUUCAUCUGUUGCCACAACUUUGAAUGAUUAUCUCCACUGUGACUGUGUUUCUAUGAAGCCUCCUCCCCAAGCUCAGAGAAACCUAUGUGUUCGCUUGGUCGACUGACUGCGCCUCUCCUCCAAGCAGGCCUUGUGUGGCAACACCAAGAAGUGAGUGUGCCCGGCCCUGCCCUCCACCUAGGCUGCCCAACAGGAGGAGAAGGAUCUGGUGUGACUUAGAUGAUGAAGGACAUGGAAGCAUCGCAAAUGCGCUGCUAGAAACCUGGAGAGUGCGGGAGCUCGUGGAGAGGUGAGUGCCCGGCCCGUGAGAGGUGCUCAAGGAGCCUGUGGAUCACGUUAAAUAGCCAAUUUCAUCUUAGACUCGGGCGUCAAAGAGAAGAUGGUUCACCCGGAAAGAGGAGCCGCCAUUGUCUAGAAGAACAGAACUGUGCUGGGGGCUGGGAGCCUAGGACCGGAGACGUGUCCUAGAGACAAAAAAAAGCAUCAACGAAGCUUGGGAGCAGGAAUGAUCGAGGUCGCUGAUUUCGAAAGCCCAGUGGCUUCCAAAACUGUGAAGGACAAAGAGAAAAGUUAAAUUUCCAUCUUUCCUAUGGAAAACCGAACAGGAGGGGCUGGCCUGCCCUGCGUGCGAGCUUCAGUGAUGGUUUCAUGUUGGGACCAGCUGAUUAACCGAGAUGGAGG